AUGCAAUUGGAUUGUGACAAAUGCAGAAGCAAGGCACUCAAACUUGCAUCUCAAGAAAAAGGUGUAAGCUCAGUGGCAUUGGAAGGUGAUGAUAGAGACCAAUUGGUGGUGACUGGAAAAGUUGAUGCUGUGUGUUUGGUUAAGGUUCUUCGGAAGAAGUUUAAAUGUGUAAACCUCGUGAGUGUCCAAGAACUGAAGGAGAAAGAUGAUAACAAACGCAAGCAACAUAAUAAUAAUUGUGUUUGCUAUUACACUACUCUUUCUGCUCCACCAUCUGCUCCUUAUUGCUACUAUCCGGUUUAUUAUAAUUCUGAUCCAUCUCCCCAUAAUUGUUCCAUCAUGUGA